CUCUUUCAUAAAUACCCUUUAAUCGUCCAUUUAUCCCUCGUGUUUGCGGAGUCAAGGUUAACAACUGACGACAUGGCUGAUCCUGAAGGGAAACCUGAAGAGUUGGUGGGGGAGCCAACCAGUGAAGAAAACCCAACUAGCGAGGAACCAAGCAGCCAAGGAGAUGACUCUGCCCAACCUGCAAUUCUGGCUAGUCAGCUGAUGCGGGAUCCACAGAUGCUCGCAGCCCUACAGGAUAAACUAGGAUCCAUGGUUGGACACAACUCUGGGUAUAUACAGAGCUUGCCCAAGUCUGUGAAGCGAAGAAUCAAAGCCUUGAAGAAAAUUCAGUUUGAGGCAACAACGAUUGAGGCUGAAUUCUACAGGGAGGUCCACAGAUUGGAAUGUGAAUAUGCCACAAAAUAUGCUCCUCUGUUCGAAAAGCGAUCACUGGUGGUGACUGGGACACACGAGCCUAAUGAUGAGGAAGCUGACUGGCCUAGUGAUGAUGAGAAGGACGAGGAUCUGGCUAAAGACAAGAAAGAACUGGCUUCAGGAGACAACAAGGAUGAAGUGGAAAAGAAGGCCAGCAUAGAAGACAAGAAGGAGGAGGCUGAAGACAAAGAUGAUGAGAAUACAAAAGGCAUUCCUGGUUUUUGGCUGACCAUAUUCAAGAAUGUAGAUAUGCUCUCUGAGAUGAUACAGCCAAAUGACGAAGCAAUACUCAACCAUCUACAGGAUAUCAAAGUAGAAUUUACAGAAAAAGAGCCAAUGGGCUUCACAUUACAAUUUUUGUUUGAACCAAAUGAAUAUUUCGAGAACAAAAAGCUAACCAAGGAGUAUGUUAUGAGGUCGGAACCAGAGGAAGGCGAUCCAUUUUCUUUCGAGGGGCCUGAAAUCAUCAAAUGUGUCGGAUGUAAGAUCGACUGGAAGAAGGGGAAGAAUGUGACCGUGAAGACGGUGAAGAAGAAGCAGAAGCACAAGGCCAGUGGCACGACCCGAACCAUACAGAAGACAGUCCAGAGUGAUUCAUUCUUCAACUUCUUCAACCCACCCACAGCACCAGAAGAUGAAGAAAUGGAUGAGGACACAGAGGCACUAUUGGCAGCAGACUUUGAGAUUGGCCAUUUCAUCCGGGAACGCAUUGUGCCACGAGCUGUCCUAUACUUCACUGGCGAAGCCAUGGAAAAUGAAGAUGAUUAUGAGGAUGGUGAGGAGGAGGAAGGCGGAGAGGAGGGAGAAUAUGAUGAGGAUGCCGACCCAGACUUCUCCCCAGGGGGCUCCAAAUAGAACGCACAGUAGUGUAGGUGCAACUGAUGGAUUAUGUGUAUAGAAGGAAAAGCCGGCAGAAUGUAAACAACAGUGAGGGUGGAUAGCUGAAACAUUGAUGUGUGACAUUUGUUGGUUACCAAAGCAACACUAUGAAUCAACAGAGACAAGUGUGUCAGUGGUUAUCGCCCGUCCUUCCAUACACAGACCUCGCUACUAUGUGAUGACAUUAUUUUGCGGACUUAACAACGCUGCUUUCCUUCACCACGUGCAGAGGGCCACCAAUGUUAUACAUCUAUGUCUGUAAAACCAUGGUUGUCUUUUAAUCAUAGGCUCUUAACAAAAAUAUUUUACAGGUGUAUUAAAUGUCACAUCUGUUGGGUUUUUUUUUCAAAUUCUGUAAUUGGUGCAAUAAACAGUGUCAUAAACUACCGGGGAAUCUGGAUUUGUGUACUUAACGUUGUCCUACAUUAAAAGAACUGCUGUGUUUUUACAGACCUGACGCAUGAUUGAACGCUUUGGUACUUGUCGUGAUACGAACAAUUUUUUUUCUGCCAAUAUUUUGCUCUUAGUUUCGCUAUAAACAUUUGCCAUAUAUGUAACUUUGUUCCAAAGCAUCAAUUGAAUAGCCUUGUGCAUUUCUCAACCAGUAACUAGGUCAAAAAUGCCUACAAAGUCAUUGAAGAGAUCAGCUGUGUGGCACAUCAUUCCAAAAAGGUUAAAAAACUAGUGAAAGUGGUAUUGUUUUGAGUAAAUGUGCUAUUCUUUUCAAAGGUUUUGUAUGCCACGUACAUGUAUAUGCUGUGAUUACUGAAUUAAAAUAGUACAGAUGGAGAAUGUUUGAUCCCUGUUGAUGUAUCCAAAUCCAAUGCAUGGGGUGGUGAAAAUUAGCCCCAGCCUUCAGGCCCUGCACUUGGAAAUAAAUUUUAUAUGGCAGAGUUUGUUGUAGAUGCCUGCAGCCAGUGCUAGUGAUAAAAAUUAUACUUUUUCAUCAAAGAUUUUAAAUUUGAUGACUGGAUUUAGAAUAACAAUUAAGGAUGAGUGCAGAUAACUUGCCAAUGAAUCAGUUUGUAAAGUCACCCAUCGUCCUUUUUUUAAGUGGGUUUAACUUCUAAAAACCUAAAAAUACUGUUUGGAUUGGGACUAGUCCUCUAAUUUAGAUGAUAUAUUUUGUUGUUGCAAUAUUCAAAUAGUUUGUUAUGUUAAAAAAAGGGUAUUAAAGAAGCUGGACACAAGUGUCCGUUUCUCUCUGAUAAGCUUGUUGAAGGUAUAAAUCUGUAUGUGAAAUUCUAUCAUAUGAUAUAAGUUUAAAUGUCUUAAACUGUGAUGUGAAAUACUAUUUUUAUAUUGAUUGAUUACUGAAGUAAAAGUUUUAUUAAUUAUCCAUAUCUUUUAUUGAUAUAAAAUUGAUAAAUGCAUUUACUCGGUGUGAUGUGAAUCUCUUAAAUAUACAUAUAGGUGGGAAAAAAAAAUUGUACAACAAAUUUCAGGUAACUAUAUUGUAAUGAACAAUUGUCAAUAUUGAAAUGCAUGUUAUUCUUCCAUUUGUAAAUAUAUGUUUAUUUUUUUUGCUGUUUUGUUUAAGACUUGCCCUUAGAAUGCAUGUUCAAGUCGAAGCGUGAAAGUGAAAGUUAGUAUCUGCUUUAUUUAAAGUCACUUGGAACCUUUGUUUUCACCUUUCGAAGUAUAGUUGUUGAAAAUUGGUUGUCAAAUCUUGUUGCGCCAGUUUCAUGUUAAGCCUUAAAGAUUCCUCUCUCCAACUUCUUAUGAAUGAUUAUGAUGCCAAGUUGCUGCUGUUGUAUGUUGGUUUAGAGAAAAUGACACCAUUUCAUCUCCUGUGUGUGCAUAUUUACAUUGAGUGCUAUGGUAUAUUUACAUUAAGUGAUAUGAACAACAGGUUUUUAUAAAUGUUUAAAUAAGAUGAUCAGCAUUUGAAUACAGUGUGUGUAUACCACAUGUUAAAUUAUAUCAUAUAUGCUACAUUGGAAGGCAAAAUUUUGCUUAAAAUGAAGACUAAAAUCAUAAGAUAACUUUUCUUUUACUACACAAUUUUAAAUAAAACAAAGGGCAGUCUAUGCUGCUUAAAUAACAUCACCUUCGUUUUAUUACCGGACUUUGAUAAGGUGAUGAGUUUCAUCAAACAUGUUUCCAAAAUAAUGUUUUGACAGUACUCUGUCAGACGGUCGUAUUGUGAAAAGGUUUUUCAAAGUGUUUUAAGAGACUAAACUCUCAAUCAAGCUCUGGUAAAAGGCCAAAGGCAGGGCUCAGUAAGGGGCGUAGACUGAGCUAUGUUUCAUUAAAAAUGGUGAAGAAGUAGUGAUGUUAUCUUUGUUUUAUGUCUUCGAUCACACACUGGAAUACAUAAUACAGAAAUAGCCUCAUAAUCCCAUUGACAACAUACAUAUCAUUAAAACCCACUAGUCAAUACGGAAUCAAGCAUGUGUGUCUAUUUAUUCUUUGCCGCAGAAAUUUUUAACAGGUUCUUUUUUCUUUUUUGCAGUCAUGUUUGAAUUCUUCAUAGAUUGCUAUGUUCAAUCAACUUGUAUAUUAUGUAUUUGGUUUACUAAUGCAUCUAUAAUACACAUUCAUUGCGAAGAAAUGGAAAAAUUGACGUGUAAUGCAAAAUAAAUAAACUCAAAUUUA